AUGAUAGGUUACGAGGUAAUCUUAGGCAUGGAUUGGCUGUCUAGAAAUAGAGCCAAUUUGGAUUGUAGUAGAGGGAGGGUGACUUUGAGAGGAGACCUGGAUUCGGUGGUGGUAUACCAAGGGAUACGGCCUAGUACGGGUGUCUCUGUGGUAUCGGCGUUGAGAGUGCAGCAACAACUAGUGGAAGGAUGUGUCUACUUAGUUGCGAUCAACGUGGUUGAGGCUGAAGUGGAGAAAGAGACAAAGGUAGAGGAGAUACCGGUUGUCUCUGAGUUUGUGGACGUGUUCAAGUCGUUGACGGAGUUACCUCCACCCCGGAGUAAUCCGUUCACGAUAAACUUGAUACCGGGGCGUCUCCAAUAG